ACCUCCAUGUGAGAGGAGCGGCGCCUGGUAAACACUCCCCGGGGUCGGGAGAUGGCUCCCGGCGGCGCCCGUUAGACCUGGCCGAGGCCGUUCCCGCCAUAUUCCGCCUCGCCUUGUUGUACCUCGGGGGGAGUCGUGGCGCGAGCGAUCGGGAAGCAGCGGGAGAUCGGCUCGAGUCUUCUUCCCUGCGCCCCUCUUUGAGCGGGGACGGCGGCCCGGCGGGCGGGAGGCUUGCGGCUGUUACGCGGGAUUUGAAAAUCCUGCCCCACUGAGCUGAACAAAGAGCGGGGGAAGCGCCCGGCCCCCUCCCCUUCUCCCUCGCACGUCGCAGACGCGCACCCGGGCAGCGGACCCCUUUACCACCUCCUGACCCAGACCUCCCUCCCUUCUCUGCGGCCGGCUGAGCGAGUGGGAGGGCGCGCACCAUGUGGAUCCAGGUCCGCACGAUAGACGGCACCGAGACUCAGACCAUCGACGACCUGAGCCGCCUCACUAAGAUCGAAUGCCUGCGGGAGAAGAUCCAGGAGACCUUCCGCGUGAGCCCCGACCGCCAGCGCCUCUUCUACCGGGGCAAGCAGCUAGAAGAUGGACACACUUUAUUUGACUACAAUGUUGGACUAAAUGACAUAGUUCAGCUUUUGAUACGUUCUGAAUCUGAAACUCCUACCGCCGCUUCUGUGACAGAUCAGGAUGGAGAAGUCAAUCCCUGUGCCAUUUCCAACUGCAAGAACAAAGUGAAAAAAACAAAUACUGCAUCACCCAGUCAACCAUCUACAUCAUCUUGUUCAUUUCUCAUUGAUCCUGGCAUUGGAUUGUACAAGAUAAAUGAAUUGGUGGAUGCCCGUGAUGUCAGCAUUGGAGCCUGGUUUGAAGCUCAUAUAGAAAAUGUUACCCGAGCAACAAAGGGACAUAAGAACGGUAAAACUCAAGGAAAGAGUGGUAACGCUUACAGACGGACUAACGGAAACUUAAGUCAAGAUCAUUCUAGAGAAAAUGCAAAUUAUUUGGACAGUACACCAUCCACAUCUUAUUCAGACUGUAUGGACACUGAUGAAGAAGCUAUUUAUCAUAUCAAGUAUGAUGAGUACCCAGAGAAUGGCAUAGUAGAAAUGGACACCAGUAAUCUUCGACCCCGAGCAAGAACCAUUCUGAAGUGGAGUGAACUGAAAGUGGGUGAUGUGGUGAUGGUUAACUACAAUGUUGAGACUCCAGAAGAAAGAGGAUUUUGGUUUGAUGCAGAAAUUACCUCUUUGAGAGAAAUCUCAAGGACUAACAAAGAGGUUCAUGCUAAAAUUCUUCUGGGAGGCCCAGAAGACACAAUAAAUGAUUGUAAAAUCCUUUUUAUAGAGGAAAUGUACAAGAUUGAAAAGCCAGGAGCCUAUCCAUUGACAUUUGGAGAUGGAGAUUUCAAAAGAAAAAGUGGCCCUGAAUGCAAACACUGUAGGGCUGAUCCUGAAAAGGAGUGCCGUUUUUGUUCGUGUUAUUUGUGUGGUGGAAAACAGGAUGCUCACAUGCAGCUCCUGUGUGAUGAAUGUAAUAUGGCUUAUCAUAUAUACUGCCUGAACCCUCCCUUAAGCAAGAUACCAGAAGAUGAGGACUGGUAUUGUCCUUCCUGCAAAAAUGAUUCUAAUGAAGUUGUAAAGGCUGGAGAAAAGCUCAAACAGAGUAAAAAGAAAGCAAAGAUGCCAUCUGCCAGUACUGAAAGCCAGAGAGACUGGGGCAAGGGCAUGGCCUGUGUUGGUCGCACUAAGGAAUGCACUAUUGUUCCUUCAAAUCAUUAUGGACCUAUACCUGGUGUUCCUGUUGGGACAACCUGGAAAUUCAGGGUUCAGGUGAGCGAAGCAGGUGUUCACAGACCACACGUGGGUGGAAUCCAUGGACGCAGCAAUGACGGAGCUUAUUCACUUGUAUUAGCUGGAGGAUUUGAAGAUGAAGUGGACCGAGGAGAUGAAUUCACUUACACUGGCAGUGGAGGUAGAGAUCUUUCUGGCAAUAAAAGAAUUGGAGAACAUUCAUUUGAUCAGACAUUAACACACAUGAAUAGGGCAUUGGCCCUUAACUGUGAUGCCCCACUGGAUGACAAAAAUGGAGCAGAGUCUAAGAAUUGGAGAGCUGGUAAGCCAGUAAGAGUAGUGCGCAGUUCAAAAGGAAGGCGAAUCAGCAAAUAUGCCCCAGAGGAAGGCAACAGAUAUGAUGGCAUUUACAAGGUGGUGAAAUAUUGGCCAGAAAUUGGAAAAUGUGGGUUUUUAGUUUGGCGCUAUCUUUUGAGGAGAGAUGACAUUGAGCCUGCACCUUGGACUUCAGAAGGAAUGGAGCGGUCAAAGAAACUGGGUCUGAGUGUACAGUAUCCAGAAGGUUAUUUGGAAGCCAUGGCUAGUAAGGAGAAGAAAGAUAAGGUUAAAAAGCAAACUGUGAAACAGGAGCCAACCAGCCAGAGUAAUGGAAACCAGAAAAGGACAAUUGAUGAUGCAGGUAUAGAGGAACCUAGGAAUACACCCAAAGCUAUGAGGAUGGGAGAUGGAGGAAAAGGAGAGGCUUUCCAGCUGACACAACAGCAGCAGUGGCUGAUUAGAGAAGACUGUAUGAACCAGAAACUGUGGGAUGAAGUACUUGCUUCUCUCAAGGAAGGACCAAAUUUUCUGAAGAAACUGGAACAAUCCUUUAUGUGUGUCUGCUGCCAGGAGCUGGUUUACCAGCCAGUGACAACAGAGUGCCUCCACAACGUCUGUAAAAGUUGUUUACAGCGCUCCUUCAGAGCUGAAGUCUUCACCUGCCCUGCCUGCCGCCAUGACCUGGGGAAGGGCUACACCAUGGUUCCCAACAAGAUACUGCAGACGCUGCUGGACCAGUUCUUCCCUGGUUACAGUAAAGGACGAUGAUGUGCUCAGAUCCUUCCGAACUUCUCCCAGUGACUUUAUAGACAGUGAAGGAGAAUAAACGUAGGAAAUUCAACAGUGGACCAGACAGCUUGAUGGGACUCAAUAUAUUGUCACGUUGUGAAGCAGCAACCCUCUUCCCUUCAUAGCCAUCUUUUUGGUGUAGCAAGAACUCUAACUCUCAGCUGUCUUUUAACAUCAAGGGUAGUUUUGGCCAGUAAACAGAUAGUUUUUUUAAAAAAAAGGAAAAAAAAAAAAGAGAAAGGCCUCAGCUCCUACUGGCCCAGCUGAUGCUUAAUUUUUGAUUUUUCUUGUUUGUUUGUUUUGUAACUACCUCAGGACAGAGGAAAAUAAAUUUUGGGGAUGAUAAAAAGUUAGUGAAGUUUUAGCUACACACUGCCUCCUGAAUAUUAGUUGUGCCUGGUCCAUGUGGUUUGAUUUACAAAAAUAAAAAACCCAAACCAAACCAAAACCCCACCAAAAAAAAAAAAAAAAAAACAGCAAAAAACCCCAGAAACAGCACUUAAGCCAGAUGGAUUAAAGAACAGCAAAUUCUGUGGUGUGCAUAAUCCUUUUUUGUCUUUUUCUUCUAUUAUGCUGUAUUUUUUUGCAAGAACAGGCUGAUUUUUAGUCUAUUUUUGUGAGCUUCAUUGUGCUUUUCUUGUAUCUUAUGCAAGUUGACUACUAAUGACUAAUGAGAACAAUAUGAAUGCAUUGUUGCUGCAUUAGUGUAAAGUGAUCUGUGUUUUUUGCACUUAAAGAGGGUAUUCAAGACACUCUAGUUGUGUAAAAAAAUAUUCCAUAUAAAAAAGCCACUUCUGUAUUAGUUAAACUGUAUGCUUUUAGUAGGUCUCGUAUCAGUGGCAAUACAACUACACAGCAUUGAAGGCAGUGCUAGCUUGGAGAGGGUUCAAAUUGCUUCAUAUUGUGAUCUGAAAUUUUAUAUACAAUAUAUCCCCCUCCCCCAAAUAUACCUUAUUAAAUAUUUUAUGAUUCAGAAAAAUUGCUAAUUUUGUUUUUACUAUU